AAUAAAGAUGUAGUGUGAGCGAGUGGAAGGAGGGGUGAGGAACAAGGAGAGCGCUGUGCUGAGGAGAGUAGAGGGCUGGACGUCCCGGCUCAACGGACGGAGAUCUGGGGGGAGACCAAAGACGGAGGGCCCACUGGAUCAGGAAGAUGCCCUCUCGCUGCAGGAAUGCGCUGAACAUCGUGGUCACCACCCUCUUUGCUGCGGUGGUCCUCUUCACCAUCCUGCUGGCCUAUGUCACAGGCUACCAGUUCAUCCACACUGAGCAGCACCACCUCUCUUUCGGCCUCUAUGGUGCCUUCCUCUCCCUCCAUCUCUUCCUCCAGAGCCUCUUUGCCUUCCUAGAGCACCGGCAGAUGAGGACCCCCGCCCGGCCGCAGCACCUCCGUCGCUCCGUUGCCCUCUGCAUCGCUGCCUUCCAGGAGGACCCGGAUUACUUGAGGAAGUGCCUGCGCAGCAUCCGCCGGAUCUCCUUCCCUGGCCUGAAGGUGGUGCUAGUGGUGGACGGGAACCGGCCAGAAGACCGCUACAUGAUUGACAUUUUCCAGGAGGUGAUGGGUGGGGCUGACCAAGCUGGCAGUAUGGUGUGGAAGGGAAACUACCACAGUGAUGGGGGAGGAGGAGGAGUGGGAGACGGAGGAAGGAGCAGGGUGCACAUGGAGGAGGCUACACGGGUGGCCCGGCUGGUCAGAGGCUGCCGGUACUCCUGCAUCAUGCAGGAGUGGGGGGGCAAAAGAGAGGUGAUGUACACAGCCUUUAAAGCACUGGGGGACAGUGUGGAUUAUGUGCAGGUGUCUGACUCGGACACCGUUCUGGACCCAGCAUGUACCAUUGAAAUGCUGAAGAUCCUUGAGGACGAUCCAAUGGUGGGAGGAGUUGGUGGAGACGUACAGAUCCUAAACAAGUAUGACUCGUGGAUCUCAUUCCUCAGUAGCGUGCGCUACUGGAUGGCCUUCAACAUCGAGCGGGCCUGCCAGUCCUACUUUGGCUGCGUCCAGUGUAUCAGCGGCCCUCUGGGGAUGUAUAGGAACUCUUUGCUCCAGCGCUUCCUGGAGCCCUGGUACCAUCAGACCUUCCUGGGCUCCAAGUGCAGCUUCGGGGACGACCGCCACCUCACCAAUCGGGUUCUCAGCCUCGGCUACAAGACUAAAUUUACUGCGCGAUCGCAGUGCCAGACUGAGACUCCAACCCAGUAUCUGCGUUGGCUUAACCAGCAGACUCGAUGGAGCAAGUCUUACUUCCGUGAGUGGCUCUACAAUGCCCUGUGGUUCCACAAGCACAGCCUCUGGAUGACCUAUGAGUCUGUGGUCACUGGCUUCUUCCCCUUUUUCCUGGUUGCCACAGUCAUCCAUCUCUUCUACCGUGGAAGGCUGUGGAACAUUCUGCUCUUUCUAUUGACGGUCCAACUGGUUGGGAUGGUGAAGGCCACCUAUGCCUGUUUCCUUCGUGGCAACCUGGUCAUGAUCUUCAUGUCACUCUACUCUCUGCUCUACAUGUCCAGCUUGCUUCCUGCCAAAAUAUUUGCUCUGCUCACCAUCAAUAAGGCUGGAUGGGGCACUUCAGGCCGCAGGAAGAUCGUAGUCAACUUCAUCGGCGCUGUGCCUGUCACAGUGUGGGCUAUUGUACUGCUCGGAGGUGUGAUGUAUACAAUCUACUGUGAAACACAGGAGCCGUUUAGUGAGACAGAAAAGGUCUUGUUGAUAGCGGGGACGAUACUCUACGCCUGCUACUGGAUCAUUCUGCUGGUGCUCUACUUGGCCAUCGUAGCCAAGCGAUGUAACAAGAGGGAGGAGCAGUACCACCUGCCAUACGCUGAGGCAUAAACAUGCUAAACACAUACACAGAGUUGUACUGCAGUAUGACUGUAGCAAUGUCUCUGACACUGAACUGCUCCAGAGGUGAGCUGUGAACCACACUUACGUCUUUAUGACGAGUGCUAAGAGGUAUGAAUCUGAAAUCCAAGCAGCAGGAAUCCACCCCAGCUGUAUGAGACUCAGAUGCUCAAUGGUGCUUCAAAUUGAAAAACCAAACCAAACAGAACUGAUUGGGUUUAUAAAGUGUUCAAAUAAGUAAUAAUGCCAUGCUCAGAAGAAAAUACGGUAUUUCAUGGGUACUGGUUAGCUGUAACUGUGACAGAAGGGUGCAGUAAAGUGUUUUUAAUGAAUAUUUAGCAGCACACGGGACAAAAUGAGACUAAGAGAUAUAAAGGUCUUACUUGCUGGUGUUUCAGUUAUUCAUGUCAUUAUGAAAGUGAUGAGCUGUUAUGAAAUGUGAAGGAGCUGAGCCUCAAGAACAAACAAUGAUAAGUAAAACAGCAAAGCAAUUCUCUCAAGUCCCAGCACUUCUAUUACAAACAAAGAGGACCUCAGUCUGAUAAGUGUUCGGACUGAACACAAAGCAAAUGUGUGUUACCAAUACCUACAGAGUAAAGAAGGGAUUAUACAUGACGGAUGAAAAUGUCCUCUGUGUCAACUUGAAAUAGAAAUAUGAAAUGAAGAACCCUAACGAGACAGGAGAAUGCAGAGGGGCUGGAGUAAAUCAUUCCUCCGAGGAAACACACACAGCCUUCCACACAAUUUGUGCAUGAAGGCCAGCUACAUCUGGAGUCUAUUCAUAUGGUAUAUUCAUUGUUUGUGAACACUGGACACGGAUGGUUUGUAGUUUAUCAAAAGCCAUGUGAAAAUCUGGCCCCUUCUCACCAUAAAGAUAGUAUUUUUACAAGUGAACCUUUGUUCAAUAAUUUCUGUAAUCAUUCUCCUCCAUACUGGCCAUGA